AUGCCAGCCCCAAAAAGUAAAAAGAUCGAAAGGAACCUGUGGCAUUUACUGGCUCUUGUCCUUUAUGUAACAGCAACCUCAGUUUUUUUUUUUAAAUAAUGUACUGUAUGUCUGGCUGUGGGCUAUAGGGUGGUGAGACAUAUUUUCUUCUGAAGAAAAACAUCCAAGCCUAAAAAAAGAAAAAUGAGCUGCAGGAAUUUCUGGCAAGUACAACCCGUGUCAUCGCGACCUCCCAUAUUCUUUAUACAUCUGUGCUAUGGGGUCGACAGGGUAGCAUGACCCUUGCGUUGACUGGCCGUACCCUCCAUGAGACAGUAAUCUACACAAGUUUCCGUUUAACUCUGUGAUUUAUAUUUUCUUGUCCUUCUGUCAUGGCUCCGCCCUCUUGUUUGCAUCCUGACAAGUGAAAUUGAGACUACUCUUCUCAUGACUGCACACUGUCACUGCUUCAAGCACGGAUUCCAGCAGUUCGAUUAAUUCUUCUGUUUGUGUUUGUGUCUUUGCAUGCCCAUCAUGUGCUGGUUGCUCGGUGGAUUGUGCGCUCUAACUCUACUCCACAUGUCAGCCGCUGCGAGCCGCGAGCUCUCCAUCACCCAGAAGCCGCGCUUUUAUGGGGUCAGGCCCAGCCGGUUCGUCACCAUCUACUGCGCCUCCUCCCAGCAGCACCUGCCGGCCGAGGCGCGCUGGUACAAGGCCGCCCGCUAUGACCAAGACGUCGCUGAGUGGCGCCUGCUGGAAGGCGCUGUGACUCGCCACAAAGACCUCACGCUCAACGCCUUCCUCAUCCUGCACGAUUUGAGCCCCGAGGACAGCGGCGUCUACUUCUGCCGGAUCAAUGAGACGUGGGGGACCGGCACUCAGCUGCAAGUUGCCAGGCCCGUCAACCGAGCAGAGGCAGUGCACCGAAGCAACAUGAAGGAUGCACUUAUGGUCCUGCAAGGCCUGAUGCUGGGGGUUAUUGUGUUGCUUUUGCUUCAGCGCAAUCGCAUAAUGUUGAAAGGCAGAGAGCGCAUCUACGACGAGCCGGAAAUCGAACACAUCUAUGAGGGCCUGACCAUCGAGGCGUACGGAGAAGGCGACUUGUACGAGGAACUGGCGGUGUACGCCAGCGCAGACGACUGCGCCGAGGCCCCAUGGGAGUGACGUCGCGGUGAUUUUUGUAUGGUGCUGUCCAUGUUGUCUCGAGUAGGCAUACAAACCUGAGUUCAAGCUUUUUUUUUUUUAACGCACAUUGUCAUGUGGCAUCGAACAAUAGUCGCACAUGUUGCUGAUUUUUGCUGGGUGAUGUUUUCCCAUUGUUUUGUUUUUAAUAAAAAUGAUUAACUUUA